AUGGAUACAUUACCACAGGAGCUCAUCAACAAAAUCGUCUUGUAUCUAGAGCGCUAUCCUGGUCAGGAACAGGCCCCGAUACUUGAACAGUGCGGACACCAUUCUAAGCUCCCACAGUAUGCGACUAUUUCUAGCCAUUGGAAAGAGGCUGUGGAAUUCGUCACAUUUCAUCGUUUGCACAUCAAGAGUCAUGAGCUGAGUCAGCUCGAGGCCAUGGUGACCGGCAAUCGUAUCAAAUACCUAACGAGACUUUCCUUCGAGAUUAUACUCGCAGAGUACUCAGAAGAAAGCUGCGGACGUGUUGAGUCAACAGAAGAACAACAAUGCAAUGAUGAAGCCUUCACCCAAGCUAUCGCAGACUUGUUCUCUCUAGUGAGAAAGUGGGAAGAUGCAGGCCUAGUACAUGGUUUGCGACUACAACUAAGGGAUGUGUGUUCCCCGACCGACUGUCGCGACCGCAACCAAAUCGACCUUGAAAUGUCACAGCGCAAGCGUGGGAUAGACAUUUUCGAAAAGCGAUGGGUGAACUCCUAUAUCCAUCUCUCCAGACCGGAAAUGAUACCCACGCUCUCGAGCAUCGUACAUUUCCACCUUCAAGGCCACGUUUCGCGGAAGGUGGCCCUUGUAGUCGGACCUGGUCUAGCUGCAGUUCUACCCAACCUACAGAGUUUCUACUGGGAAUUCGGAGAGGUAGAUGACAAGUCCAUCAACGUGGAAAGCAGGGCCUCCUUCGCGAGGGUGCUCGAGCAGACUAAGCUCGACAAAUGCUCUGCGGCUGAAAUCACCUUCCAUCAAGACCCUGUAGAGGACCAUCGCGUGGCUGAACCUUCGCGUAUACCAAUAGGCGCACUCUACGAUCCGUUCAGCGCAUCUCUGCGUAUCUUUUCGCAGAACCUGACUUCCCUUAUUCUGGACGGCUUUGUUGACUCGACUCUGUUCUGGCCUUCAAGCCAUGAGAUAAGCUCCAUACCCAGCUGGCCAAACCUCAGGAAGCUGAUAGUCUUAUUCAACAUGGCCGCCCCGUCUAGCGAGUGGUACUUUGACGGAACACCAGGCGAGAUCGUGGAACAAUUUCGCGACCAUGAAGAUGCAAAGAUAUUAGAUCCGCUCGUCACGGCUUUCGCAAAGGCGGUCCAAAAGAUGCCGCUCCUCGAACAGUUCCUGCUCGAAACGGAGCUUGGCCACGAUAUAGGCUACUGGGAUAUAUCGUACCAUGCGCCUGGAAUCAAAGCGGACUGGGACGAAAACGAAGAUGAUGCUAAGGCUACUGAAGACGCGCCGUUCGAGUCGCAGUUGCGCGACGCCAUACCAGAAGCUACUAUACAACCGCUGGCCGAGGGUAGUAGGGCUGCUACGGAGGCUACAAGUGAGGCUAUUAAAAGCGGGGAUAAUAGUGGCUUUAAUGAUGAGUUCACGGACAACUUUAACGGCAUUAAUUAG